AUGGCAGACCGCUACGUCGCAAUUCACGCCGACCCCAAGGGCCCAGGCGACGCCCGCCCAACAGCAGAACAAAUCGUCCGCGACGAAAACCUCGUCCCCUCAGGCCUCGCCUCCAAAACCGCCCUCAUCACAGGCUGCUCCGCCGGCAUCGGCACCGAAACCGCCAAAGCCCUCUACCUCGCCGGCGCAACCCUCUACCUGACAGCCCGCAACCUCUCCAAAGCCCGCAAAGCCCUCGGCGACGACCUCGUCAACGACACAGCCCGCGUCCACCUGCUCGAACUCGACCUCGAAUCCUUCGCCAGCGUCCGCGCCUGCGCCGCCGCCUUCCUCGCCAGCACAGACAAGCUCGACAUCCUCAUCUGCAACGCGGGCGUCAUGACCCCGCCCGAAGGCCGCACAAGGGACGGCUUCGAGACGCAGUUCGGCACGAACCACCUCGCCCACUUCCUCCUCUUCAACCUCCUCCAACCCGCCCUCCUCAAAGCCGCGACAACCUCCCCAUCCCACACCUCCUCCCGCGUGGUCAUCGUCUCCUCCGUAGCCCAUCGCUUCGGCCAGCCAAACUUCGCCAACAUCAACUUUGACGGCUGCUACGACCCCAUGGCAACCUACGCCCAAAGCAAAACCGCAAACCUCUGGACGGCCAACGAGAUCGAGCGCCGGUACGGCGCCCAGGGCAUCCACGCCCUGAGCCUGCAGCCCGGAGGCGUCAUCACGGAGCUGAUGCGCCACAUGCCCGAGGAGCAGCAGGGCGGCUUCGCCAAGCACCCGUACCUCUCCAAGAUCUUCAAGACGGCGCCGCAGGGGGCCUCGACGUCCGUGUGGGCCGCUACGGCGGCGGCGCUCGAGGGCAAGGGAGGGCUGUACCUCGAGGACUGUCAGAUUAUCGGGCCGUGGGAUCCGGCUGGGGAGCCGUGGGGGCCCGGGUACGGCGAGCACGCGUAUGACGUUGAAAAGGCGACUUUGCUUUGGGAGAAGUCGCUCGAAUGGGUCGGGCUGUGA